AUGUAUGUAUGUGUUGGGAUUUACAAAUUUAGUUGUAAGAUAAAAUAUAGUGUUUGCAUUGGUGAGAAAGGUCAUCAAGAAUACAAUGAUGUAUUUCACAUUUGUUGCAAUGGAGAACUGCAGAAACGUGUCUGGGACCAGGCUUGUUGUGGCAAGGAGAUAUACUUCCAAAGCACCCAAUUAUGUUGUGGAGAUCAAAUUGUCAGUCGCUAUCUUUCAUAUGGAGAAAGUGGAACAAGCCGACACUGUACUAGCAAUAGUGAAUCCUGUCGAGAGCAAACCUGUUGUGGACAUGAAGUACUGGACAAAUUCAGCACUUUAUGCUGUGAGGGCACGCAGGUUUUACUCAGUCAAAAACAAAUUUUGGAAAGAGAUUUCUUACAGUGCUGUGGAGUAAAUGUAAUGAACAGAACCACACAUUUUUGCUGUGGUGGAUCAGCACUUCACAUCAACUCUCCCUUUUCCUGCUGCGGCGACACAAUUUAUCAGAGAUCUGACAAGAAAUGCUUAGAUGAAUUUGAUCCUCCCAUUCUUGUGAAUACCUUUGAGAGCUAUUGUGAGAACUUGAAGUAUGACACCAGGAAAAAUAGCUGUUGCAGUGGGCUGCUUAACUCCGUGCCAGAAGUAAAUCCCACUAAUUCAGCAGAAGUGAAUCCUCACAGAGAAUGCUGUGACCAUAUUGUCUACAACAGUACCAAGAACAAAUGUUGUAGAGCCAUUGGAACAGUACUUACAACACACAUCAUCCCAAAUGAGCCUACGAUCCAUUGCUGUGGUGAUGGCUGGUAUAAUGACACGCACCAAGACUGCUAUAAGGGAAUCGUUCUGGAGAAAAUGCCGGGAAAGACACGCUGUGCUGAUAACUACAUUGAUGGAGUUCGUGAGAAAUGCUGCGGGGAUAUUCUGAGUUAUGAUACCAGCAGUCAUGACUGUUGUAUAGGUGAUCAUAUUAGCAUUGUACCCAAAAACAUGAUCUGCUGCAAUGGAGAAGGUGUCAAUGAUGAUCAGCUGUGCUGCGAGGAUAUCACACGUUGUAACAAAAGAUUGCCUGAUGAUGAUGGGUGUUGCUACAACUCGCGCACUCACAAUGGGACAACUUAUAAUUCAAAGAAAAAUGAAUUUUGUGUUGAUGAGGAGAUCAUGAUUGUACCACCAGAGGCAAAACCAUGCUCCAGGUCCAAUUAUUAUUAUCCAGCGACUCAGAUUUGUUGCAGUGGCAGAGUGGAGAAUAAGAGUUCAGGUUACGAUGAUUGUUGUGGAAUGAAACCCUACAAAAGCAUAUCUCAACAAUGUUGUGAUAAUGAGAUCAGCAACAUACCUCUGACAGAAGGAAGGUGCUGUCUCAGGGACUUCACAGUGUACAAGUUUGGGGAUCCACAGAACCCGUGCUUGGCUACCUGUGGUAGCAAGACUUAUGAUGCUGUAACUCAAGUGUGUUGUGAGGGCAUGGUUCACACCCGGCAUGAAAAUACAGAAUGUUGUGGGACAUCUGCCAUCAUCACUUCUACUACAGAAUGCUGUGGAGAAAUGUUUCCAUAUUCUAGAUCUGGGACCAUCCGGUGUUGUGGGGACAGGGAGCUCUUUGACAAUAAACAUUCAAAGUGCCAAAAUAAAAAGAUUGUUCCACGUAUGUUUGUUGAGAAAAACCAGCCUGAUGUACAGCGGCUAUGCAACAACAAGGCUUUAUUGCAUUUUGAUGGUGCUAUCAGAUACGCAUGUGAAACUGAUUAUGUUAUUCAUGGUCGGCUGGCUCAAGUUCUGGUACACAAAGACAUAAACCCAGAAAUAAUCUACAUUAGAUUGUCACUGGUAGAUGUUCGAAACGUGAACCGGGGAGCAAAUUUUCCAUCGCUGACAGGUCAACAGAAUCUUAACUUCACCAUAGAAGUUCCAAACACUAAUGGUGUUGAGUGUCGAAAAAGAUACCUGGAUAGAUGUUGCAAUGUUUUCGUUUUCUUCAGGGCAGAAGUAAAAAAUGGACAUGUGACAAUAAGUAAAGAUGCUAAAUUCUUUAUGGCCAAGUACAACAGAAAACGAGAGAAUAUGAUUACAAAACAUUUGCCAUAUAAAUAUUGUGUUGAAAAGUUUGGUGUAGGGAGAAAAAAGCCGUAA